GAGCCGAAGCGGCUGCAGCUGGCGCCGCGUCUGCCCCGCGUGCUAGGAGCAGAUUCUGCCCGCCGCCCCUGGAGCCUUCAGUGCCCCCGCUGAACCCGCGAUCGCAUCCUACCUGUGAUCGACCGGCGCUGCAGCUCAGAGCCUGGCAAUGCCGUUUGGGUGUGUGACUCUGGGUGACAAGAAGAACUACAACCAGCCAUCGGAGGUGACUGACAGAUAUGAUUUGGGACAGGUCAUCAAAACUGAAGAGUUCUGUGAGAUCUUCCGGGCCAAGGACAAGACAACGGGCAAGCUGCACACCUGUAAGAAGUUCCAGAAGCGGGACGGCCGCAAGGUGCGGAAGGCAGCCAAGAACGAGAUAGGCAUCCUCAAGAUGGUAAAACAUCCCAACAUCUUGCAACUGGUGGAUGUGUUUGUGACCCGCAAGGAGUACUUCAUCUUCCUGGAGCUGGCCACGGGGAGGGAGGUGUUUGACUGGAUCCUGGACCAGGGCUACUACUCGGAACGAGACACAAGCAACGUGGUGCGGCAGGUGCUGGAGGCCGUGGCCUACCUGCACUCACUCAAGAUCGUGCACAGGAACCUCAAGCUGGAGAACCUGGUUUAUUACAACAGGCUGAAGAACUCAAAGAUUGUCAUCAGCGACUUCCACCUGGCUAAGCUAGAGAAUGGCCUCAUCAAGGAACCCUGUGGGACCCCUGAGUACCUGGCCCCGGAGGUGGUAGGCCGGCAGCGGUAUGGCCGCCCUGUGGACUGCUGGGCCAUUGGAGUCAUCAUGUACAUCCUGCUUUCAGGGAACCCGCCUUUCUACGAGGAGGUGGAGGAAGAUGACUACGAGAACCACGACAAGAAUCUCUUCCGCAAGAUUCUGGCUGGCGACUAUGAAUUUGACUCCCCGUACUGGGAUGACAUCUCACAGGCGGCCAAAGACCUGGUCACAAGGCUGAUGGAGGUGGAGCAAGACCAGCGGAUCACUGCAGAAGAGGCCAUCUCCCACGAGUGGAUUUCUGGCAAUGCUGCUUCUGAUAAAAACAUCAAGGAUGGUGUCUGUGCCCAGAUUGAAAAGAACUUUGCCAGGGCUAAGUGGAAGAAAGCUGUCCGAGUGACGACUCUCAUGAAGCGGCUCCGGGCACCGGAGCAGUCGGGUGCCGCUGCAGCUCCGUCCGCCCCAGCCACAGACACUGCCGCUCCCGGGGCUGCAGGUGGGGCCGCAGCUGCAAGUGCAGCUGCCCCAGCUCUUGGGGGCAGUGCCACCUCAGUCAUAGCAGGUGAUGCUGCAAAGAGUGAUAAUGUAGUCCCUGCAGACCGUAGCGGCACCCCAGCAACAGAUGGGAGCGUCACCCCAGCCACCGAUGGGAGUGUCACCCCAGCCACUGAUGGGAGCGUCACCCCUGCCACGGAUGGAAGCGUCACGCCAGCCACUGACAGGAGUGCUACUCCAGCCACUGAUGGGAGAGCCACACCAGCCACGGAAGAGAGCACUGUGCCCACCAGCCAAAGCAGUGCCACCCCUGAGCCGGCUUUGGCCCAGCCGGACAGCAUAGCCCCAGGGGGCACAACAGGCCAGGCUCCACCCUCUAGUAAAGGGGAAGAGGCUGCCGGCUCUGUCGGGUCUCAGAGGGAGGAGACCAGCUGA